GCAAAGCAAACACGGAAAAAUCAGUCCCCAUGUCAUCUCGGAAUAACUGUAGCGUGGUAAAGCACCCUAUUGACGCAACGAAUCUCACACCAUCAUUUUCAAUGGUCUGCGUCGCCGUCCUGCUAUCUCCUCCUCACCUUUCCUUCUUCACGCAGAUGGCGAGAACGUCGGUCGAGUUCUGCGUGAUCUCCGCGCGCGGCCUGGGCCGCAGGUCGUCGCUGCUCAAACCGCAGUGGUUCUCCGUCGCAUGGGUUGAUCAAAACAGCAAGUACUGCACCAAGGUGGACGCGUCAGGGAGCUCCAAUCCGAGCUGGGGCAUGAAGUUCUCUGUCUCGGCUGACGAGCAUGAUUUGAACAGCCUGCAGCAGAUGGUUCUGACGGUGGAAGUGUACAGGAGAGAACCCAUCUUCCUGAGAGAGCACCUCCAGGGAGCUGCAGUCGUCCAGAUGAAAGAGUACUUUGACAAAUUUGCGAAUGGUGAGGAGCAUGCGGGGCUUAUUGAGGAGACUGCAAGCUUCCAGCUUAGGAGGAAGAAGUCAGACAAAGCUCAUGGGUUUGUCGAUAUAUCCAUCCGAAUCUGCAAGGAGGAAGAUGUCCAUGCUCAGUUUUCAGGGUCACAUGAUGGGUCAAAGUACCCAAACCAGGUCGGGAUCACAUUAGCUAUAGAAGAUGGCCCAGUUUAUAAUUAUCCACCACUGCCUUCAAGCCAUUAUAGGGAUCACAGUGAACGUAAUGAUAUCUACGGCAACACCAUGCCAACGACCCCUAUCACUCAGCCAGAUCCAUCACCAUCAGGAAGAAAUAAUGGCUAUAGCAAUCGACCCCCACUGAUCCCACAAACCCUGCCACCUCCCACCUCAAACCCCAGUUACUUUUCGCCACCAUAUCCUGCUGCUAGGGGGCAAGUACCGCAGAACUACAUAAAUAUGCCACCAAGAAGGUUUGCAGGUCAGAAUGGUCCACCUAACCUGGGAAUGGGGCUUGGAGCUGGAGCGCUGGCUGCUGGAACUCUGAUAUUUGGUGAAAACUUGUUGCCAGGACCAAAUUUCAGUGAUGGUCUUGAUGGUGCGAGCUUAACUUUAUCUUCUGAUGCACUAUUCUAACUUAUGAGCUAAUGUCAGUCCAUCUGCUUGUAACAAAUUGUUGUAGCAACAUCUGAAAAGUGAGCAUUCUACCA